AUGUCUCUCAAGAGCUGGAUCUCUAUUGCUGCUGACUGCCACUUCUCAAUCUCAAACAUCCCAUUCGGUAUUAUCAGCACACGACAAAGACCUACACCCAGGCCUGCGGUGGCUAUUGGUGAAUAUGCUCUUGACUUGGAUCUCUUCGCAACCCACAAUGGUUUCUCGGCUCUGUCUUUGAUACAGCCGCAUCAGCAUGUCUUCUCAAGCACCACCUUGAAUGCCUUUGCCGAACUCGGAAGACCACUGCACACAGCCGUCAGGAAGUAUCUCCAGUCUGUAUUCUUGGAGUCGACCCCCUUCCCUGACGUCUUGAAGACCAAUGCCUCGGUCCAGGAAGCUUGUCUCAUCCCUCUGAAGGACGUCAAGAACCACGUGCCUAUGCAAAUAGGAGAUUACACAGACUUCUACGCAGGCUUGAAUCAUGCCUUCACUGUGGGCGAGCUCUUCCGAGGAGCAGCGAAUGCUCUGCAACCCAACUACAAGCAUCUACCGGUAGGCUAUCAUGGCAGAGCCUCAAGUAUCGUCGUAUCUGGAACUCCUGUCCGUCGACCUCUUGGACAGAUACUGGAGGACCCCUCGGCCGACGUCAAGAAGCCCACUCUAUCUGCUUGCAGAAAACUUGACAUGGAACUCGAACUCGGCGCUUUUAUCUGCAAGAAUAAUGCAAUGGGUGAGCCAAUUCCCAUCGACCAAGCUGAAGACUACAUCUUUGGUGUCGUUCUGCUCAACGAUUGGUCCGCCCGUGAUAUCCAGGCCUGGGAGUAUGUACCUCUAGGGCCUUUCACUGCGAAGAACUUUGCAUCUUCUAUCAGCCCUUGGGUUGUUUUGAGCGAUGCGCUUGAGCCUUAUCGUACUAGUGGUCUAGACAGUGACGUGGAGGUCUUGGAUUAUCUCAAAGAAAAGAACAAGAACAAUGUUUACGACAUUAAGCUGGAGGUUGCACUCAAGACCUCCUCGGGUUCUACCACUACACUUUCUCGCACGUCAGGAAAAAACCUGUUGUUUUCCUUCAACCAGAUGCUGACUCACCACUCUAUCACUGGCUGUCCCAUGCGGAUAGGAGAUAUGCUCGGAUCUGGUACGAUCUCAGGGAAGGAAGCCUCCGAGCGUGGCAGUCUUCUGGAACAGAACAGAAACAGCAAAACCGUCAUCAAACUCGAGGGUGGUGAGCAGCGUGUGUUCCUAGAAGACGGCGAUGAAGUCACAAUCACCGGUGUCUGCAUAGGAGAGGAUGGAUCGAGAGUUGGCUUUGGAGAGUGCACAGGAAAGAUCGUUCCUGCUGUAAAGAUAUAA